AUGGUAGUGAGCUGUUGUGCAGUUGGGUGUCGAAACAGGCAUGGAGAAAGCAAAGAACUUGGUUUCUACAGAAUCCCAAUUUUGCCAAAAAGAAGGAGAAGGUUGUGGAUAAAUUCUAUAAAGAGAAAGAACUGGAAACCAACUAAACAUACACGAUUAUGUGGAGAUCAUUUUGUGUCAGGAAGGCCAGUUGAUAACCCUGCUGAUGUAGACUAUGUGCCAACUGUUUUUGCCUAUAAAGCAAGAAGUAGUAAUAAGAAACGAGCAAUGCUCUCAGCCAAAAAACGAGCUGCCAUCAUAGCAGAUGAAAAAGUGGUUGAUGAGCAAUUGGCUGCUGAAGGUUUGCUGCUUUCUGUUAACGAGACUGAAGUAAUCAGUCCAACAACAGAAACACAAACAGAAAUGAGCAGCAUUCGAUCAGUGUCAGUUCAAACAUCAGACUUAAUCAGCAAACAAUCAGUGUCUGUUCAAACUGCCUCAUCUGCUGAUUUGCUAAUACAGACAAUGAUUGUUCCUCAGCCAGUUCCUUACUGCUUGCCUGCUACUAACAAGACCCCUUUAAGUAUAAUAGAGGAUGAUGACGAGGCCACCAAGUUUAAUACAGGGCUACCAUCAUGGUCAUCUUUUAGAUUUGUUUUGAAAUUUAUUUAUGAAUUUCAGAAACAUUCCCCUCUAUGCAAGCUAUCACAGGCUGAAAGUCUUUUAUUGACAUUAAUGAGAUUGAGAUUAAACCUGUCUAUCACUGAUCUAAGCUAUCGUUUCUCUAUUUCCAGUGAUACAGCAGGUAGAGUAUUUCAAAAUUGUAUUCAAGAUCUAUUUGUUAAUUGGAAAUGUCUAAUAAAGUGGCCAAGUCAGGAAAUUGCUCGUCAGAAUCUACCACCUUCUUUUGCUGAAUUAUACCCUAAUACUCGGUGCAUCAUUGAUUGUUCAGAGGUGUUUAUAGAGCAACCUUAUGGUUACACUCCCAGAACGAAAACAUAUUCAAACUACAAGAAACAUAACACUAUUAAGUUUCUUAUUGGAGUGACUCCUAAUGGUUCGAUUUGCUUUCUUUCAAAGUGUUGGGGUGGCAGAGCAUCUGACAGAUGUAUCACAAUUAAUAGUGGCCUUUUGAAUCUUUUAUCUAGCGGUGAUACAGUUUUGGCUGAUCGAGGGUUUACUCUUACUGAUGAUCUGGCAGUGUUUGGAGCAAAGCUGGAGAUACCAGCAUUUACUUAUGGAAAGAAGCAGUUAAGCAUUGCAGAAGUGGAGCAGUCAAAGAGAUUGUCAAAGGUUCGCAUACAUGUAGAGCGUGUUAUUGGCCUUCUUAAACUUAAGUAUACCAUUUUGCAAGGGAAAUUGCCUAUCAAUUUGUUAAAGCGAAAGAAUGAUUGUAAUUAUGCUUUUAUUGACAAAAUUGUUACUGUUUGUUGUGCCUUAACAAACUUGUCUCCAAGCAUUGUACCAUAUUAA